CCUGAUCAUUUGUAGUGCUGUCACUGGCCACGGGUGUUGGUGAAACGGGUGUUGAUAGCGAUGUCAGUCAGAAUGGCUCCUCCUCUUCCUCUGAUCUUUCUGCUCAUGAUUCACGGGGUUUCUAGUGCUGGUUGGGGUGUGAGUUACAGUCCUUCACACAUCUGUGCACUAAAUGACUCAUCAGUGAUAAUGAGCUGCACUUAUACAUACCCUGCUGGAUAUCAGAUCAGGAGAGUGUUCUGGACCAAAGGCCCUGUAAAAGAGGGUGUAGAGCUUAAAGAUCUGUCUGAGGACCCUGAAUACAGUCAGAGGCUUCAGUAUCUGGAAGAUAAACAGCAGAACUGCACCAUCAGACUAAGUCACGUGACACUGAAUGAUUCACACGAGUACUAUUUCAGAUUCAUCACUGAUAAAGAUGUGAAAUGGACUGGUGUUCCAGGAGUGACUCUUACUGUCACAGAUCUUCAGGUGGAGUCUCCUGAGAGAGUGACAGAGGGAGAUUCAGUCCGUCUGACAUGUAAAAGCAGCUGCACUCUGACUGACAGAGCAACAUUCAUCUGGUACAGAAACUCACAGCCAUUAACUGAGAGAAGAGACAGAAACAAUGAACUCCUGCUGCAGUCAGUCAGAAGAGAGGAUGCAGGCAGAUAUAGCUGUGCUGUACACGGACACAAUCACACCUCUCCUGCUGUUGAGCUCAAUGUCAUGUAUGCACCCACGAACGUCUCAGUGUCCAUCAGUUCAUCUGGUGAAAUAGUGUCAGGAGAUUCAGUGACUCUGAUCUGCAGCAGUGAUUCAAACCCUCCUGCUCUGAACUUCAGCUGGUUUAAAGGAGGAACGUUUGUAGGAUCUGGAAGAAUCUACAGCAUCUCAAAGAUCAGCUCUGAUGACAGUGGAGAAUACAAGUGCAAGUCCAUCAAUGAACAUAGAGAGAAAUACUCUGAUGCUGUGACUUUAAAUGUCAUGUACCCUCCCAGGAACGUUUCAGUGUUGAUAACUGGAUCUGGUGAAAUAGUGUCAGGAGAUUCAGUGACUCUGAUCUGCAGCAGUGAUUCAAACCCUCCUGCUCUGAACUUCAGCUGGUUUAAGGAGAAUGAAAGCUCAGCUGUUGGAUCUGGACAGAGUUUCAGUGCACUACAGAGUGGACGCUUCUACUGUCAGGCUCACAAUCAACAUGGAUCUCAGAGAUCAGACGCUGUAACUGUGACUGUUAAAGGACAUCUGGUGAUAUUAUACAUAUCCAUUGGAGUGGUUUGUGGAGCUGCAGUGAUCAUCAUGAUGCUGAUUUGGGGAAUCAGGUGGAUGAAAAAGAGAAAUAACACACAGGAGUCUCAGAUGGUUCAUUCCAGACCUCAUCAUGACAGACACAAAGCUUGUGAUGUUGAAUUGAGUGAAUCUGUGUAUGAGAAUGUAACGGCUGCUCAACUUGAUGAUUGUAAACCCGAACUGAACUCUGUGUCUGUGUAUGAAAAUCUUCCACAUAACAACAAGAGGCUGUAAUGUUUUGAACACACAGCAAAUACAUUACAGCCUUUAUGAAUCUCUAUGUGGGCGGAGCCCUGAAUGAUUGACAGGAGUGCCGUGAUGACGUGUGACUGAAGAAAUUUGAGGAUCAUGUUAAUCAAACAACAAAAGACAAAGAGAAAAUCACUUACUGCUCUUGAAUGAUUAACUUAUGUAGUUUUAAUUGAUUAAUCUGUAUUUCAUUUUAACAAUGAAGAUUAUUCAAUGUUAUUUUAAAUUUGAUUACUGUUUCUCUAUUCAGUUUAUUACCUGAAUACUACUGUUAGACCUACCUGAAAAAUAAAGCAGUCAAUUUCAUUUUUAUCUUUAUUAUAUUGAAUUUAUUUGUGCUAUUCUUAGCACAAAACUUAUUCUUAUUUGUUUAUUUGUUCUUAUUUUAUUACUGUCUUUUUUAAAUUCAAUUUACCAUUUGAAACCAAGCUUCCUUACGGAAGCCCGUUUCCGCCACUAAAUAAAAAAAAGAAAAUAUAUCACGCAAUUGUGAGAUGUAAACUCGCAAUUGCGAGAAAAAAAAGUCAGAAUUCUGAGAUAAAAAGUCGCAAUUACUCUUUUUAUUUUUUUAUUUAGUGGCGGAAACGGGCUUCCAUACUUCCUUGUGCUGUGUGUGUAAUUUAUUGCAACAAAAUUACCCCACUGUAAAAACAAAUACAUUGAGUUAGCAAAUAUUUGUGAGAUAAUUGUAAUGGUAACUGAUCAAUGUUUAUAUAUGAAUAAAAGCUUAAAAGAUGUCAUCAUAUAAAGUGAUCUUUCAGAAGAAAUUGUUGAUUGCCUACACUUUCAAUGGAUGGACAAAAAAAAUAAAUAAUAUUGAAAAUAUCUAUAUGAAA